AUCUGGUCCGUAAACUUAAGCGUAAUCCUGGUGAAGAAGAAUAUCACAACAAUGAAAAAAAAGAUGAAGAUGACUGUGAAGAUGAAGAUGAAAAAAAAUACGUAAAAAAUUACGAAGAUAAUGAUGACAAGGAUAAUAAAUACAAAUAUUAUAAAUACAAUGAUUACAAUAAAGAGGACGAAGAUGAUAAAGACGAAGAUUGUGAAGAUGAUAAAGAAGAUGAUAAAGACAAAUAUUCGAAAAAA